AUGUCUGACCUCCGCAGCCUAGGCCACAAUGGCCCCCUCGUCAACGCCAUCGGUCUCGGCACAAUGAGCAUCGCUGGUGCCUACGGCCAACAAAACACUCCCGAAGAGAAGCUUGCCUUCCUAGACCACGCUCACUCCAUUAGACAGCGAUUCUGGGACACAGCCGACAUCUACUUCGACAGCGAAGCCAUCAUUGGGCAAUGGUUCAAGCGGUCUGGCAAACGUGAUGACAUCUUCCUAGCAACAAAGUUCGGCCUUAGUUAUGAUGCCAGCAUGAACCAAAGUAUCCGAUCUGAUCCGGAAUAUGUUCGUAUGGCGUGCGAAAGAAGCCUGGAAAAGUUAGGCGUUGAGACGAUUGACUUAUAUUAUUGCCAUCGGGCGGAUGGAGUGACUCCUAUUGAGAAGACAGUGGAGGCUAUGGCUCAGUUGAAAAGGGAAGGGAAGAUCCGUUACUUAGGCCUUUCUGAGGUCUCUGCUGCUACUCUGCGCCGUGCACAUGCUGUUCAUCCCAUCUCGGCACUGCAGAUCGAGUACAGUCCGUUUUGCUUGGACAUCGAGUCACCCCAGUCCGAUGUGCUUCGCACUUGUCGCGAGCUAGGCAUUGCGGUGGUUGCGUAUAGUCCAAUGGGUCGGGGCUUGCUGACGGGUCAGUUCAAGUCAAGAAGCGAUCUUGGAGAGCAGGACUUUCGAUGCAUGAUUCCAAGGUACACGGAGGGUAUGGACAGACUUUUGAAGAUUGUGGGGAGGUUCAGGGAAAUCGGGGAGGCGCAUGGGUCUACGCCCUCACAGGUUGCGCUGGCGUGGCUGCUUGCUCAAGGACUAGAUGUUAUCCCCAUUCCAGGUACUAGGAGUAUUAAGUAUCUGGAGGAGAAUGCUGCAGCGGUCAAUUUAACAUUGAGUGACGAGGAGGUCGCUGAGAUCAGGGACUUGGUGCAGAAGGCCAACUUUGUGGGAGACCGUUAUCCUACGAUUAUGCCAAUCUUCCCUGAUACUCCAGAACUAUGA